UAAAAAAAAGGAUGAAUGAAAACUCUAUUAAAAGACUAAGCAACGCGAUGUGCGCCUUUUUCACUCAUUACCUCGCGUGACGUACUGCAGGUGCGAGUAAAAAAAAAGGAAACGCUGCUGGAAGUCCAAGGCAGUGGACGCAGGUUCUCUUUUUCACAAGUGAAAAAACGGCACUGAAUGCAAUAAAGCAAGAUGAACUCUCUGUUGCUUCUCACCUUCCUUUCCCUGUGCUAUGCAGAGAACUUUGAUCACACUUACAAUUUGGCACCAUACAGGACCAUUUACAUCUCAGAAAAUGGGCCUGGACUAUUAGUUAUGACAGAAGAAGAAAAAGUGGUGUCUCAACGAGGGGGCAAUGUAACACUGCCAUGCACAUUUCGAAGAAACCCGACACUUGUCCCCAAUCCCAAAAUUAGGAUAAAGUGGAGUAAGCUAACAUCAGACUAUUUAAAAGAGAUUGAUGUUUUUGUAGCUAUGGGCUUCCAUAAGAAGAGCUAUGGUAGUUUUCAUGGGCGUGUACAUUUACGAGGUGCCGGUGAGAAUGAUGCAUCACUGGUCAUUAGUGAGCUAACACUGGAGGACUAUGGGAGAUACAAAUGUGAGGUGAUUGAUGGUCUAGAGGAUGGCACAGCAGUGGUGUCCCUCAAUCUGCAAGGUGUAGUUUUCCCAUAUUUCCCAUCUCAUGGUCGUUAUAACCUGAAUUUCCAAGAUGCCCAGAAAGCCUGUAAAAACCAGGAUGCCAUUGUGGCCUCUUUUGACCAGCUAUAUGAUGCUUGGAGGGAAGGGCUAGACUGGUGCAAUGCCGGUUGGCUUAGUGAUGGAUCAGUGCAGUACCCAAUUACCAAACCUCGAGAACCAUGUGGAGGAAAGAACACUGUCCCUGGCAUAAGAAAUUAUGGAAUGCAAGACAAGGAAAAGAACAGAUAUGAUGUCUUUUGUUUCACAGCAAACUACAAAGGGCGUUUCUACUACCUUACACCUUCUUCGAGGAUGACAUAUGAUGAAGCAGUGCUGGCAUGCCAAAAGGAUGGCGCUCAGAUUGCUAAGGUGGGCCAAAUGUAUGCAGCAUGGAAGUUGUUGGGCUAUGAUCGCUGUGAUGCUGGCUGGCUGGCUGAUGGAAGUGUGCGCUACCCCAUUUCACGUCCCCGCCGCCGCUGUAGCCCCACAGAGGCUGCCGUGCGCUUCUCCGGUUUUCCUGACAAGAAGCACAAACUCUAUGGGGUCUAUUGCUUUAAAGCUUAGAAUUAAGACAUGGUUGAAUAAAAUUUAAUACAAAACAGAAGUGUAGAGGAGGAAGUCAGCAUGAGUAAAACUGUGGCAUUUUCCAAAUAUUGUUUCAAAAAGGUAAAUAAGAACACAUCGUGUAUUUGGAGAUUUGAAAGGUUUGAAUACAUAAUAGUAAAAAAACUCUCCUCUCAGAAACAUGUUUGUUCCAUAAGACACCAACCAGUGCCAUAACAUUGUUCUCUAAAAUAAUGAAAAAUAUUUUUGGGGGUCUAAAUGGUUAUUGACUCAUACAUUAUGUAGCUACUUACAUUUAGUGAAGACAAGGCUUCUGUAGGCUGUAUUAUAUGAUAUGAGAAGGAAAGCGUGGAUAACUGAAUAUAGAAACACAAAAUACUAAACAUCGAUAUUUGAGUAGUAAUAUGCAGUAAAGUUUUUUAAAUAUCUGACAUACAUUUGAGCACAUUGUGAUUCAGUAGUAUAGUAUAUAGGUAAUUUAAAUAGUGGAUAAAAUAAACUUUUUUUUCUAUAAAGAGAAAAAUCAAACAAGUUAUGUUUUUAGACAUUAUUUAACCUGAUCUUCUCUCUCAAAUGCAGUUAUCUCAUCGUCAUAGGGUGCUAAAAGAUAUUAAGGUAUUAUGUUCUUAGAAAAUAGUUUUAAAAAGUAAUUUAAUCUAUGGACCAAACUUUAAGUCUUCAUACUGUCAUACAGAAGACCCUCAGUGUUCUUAAACUGUUUUUACAAAAUUAUGGUAAUCUAUAUUAUCCCUGUUGAGUUUUUUUUUUUUUAAUAGACCUCUAUAUCUGUUUCUGUACUGUUAUCAUCAAACAUUUUUGGACAGUGGUGCAUCUGUAUAGAGAGCAGGAUAUAAAAACUACACUGAUCUUAUCAUUAA